GGUAUAAAUACGGUGCCGGUGGCUGGUUGCGUCACCUGCCUACGCACCUUCACAACGGAUAGAAUGUGGACCUUUACACGGCUGACGCUMUGCCUUCUCAGUGUUGCCGUUUUGGCACGAGGAGCGAGUCUCCCAGACGGCACCACAGAGGCUGACUGUUCCCAGUACAACUUGCCCAUGUGCCCCCGCAACUUCGAGCCCGUGUGUGGAAGCGACGGCACCAACUACUCUAACGAAUGUAUGCUGUGCUUUCAGAACAUGGAGCGGAAGAGUAACAUUCUCAUCCGGAGUAAAGGAGAGUGCUGAACCAGACAUGACCGUCCAUUGUCUCAGGGACCCCACCAGGCUCCCUCAACAUUACMUUAAACCAUUUCCUGUUGCCUUGUCAAAACACUGACAUCUAUUCUAUUGCUUUCUAAAUGCUGAGGAGUCAGUAAGCGACCUGUUUCAAGUGCCUCAAUAUAUUUUAAACUGUUUCCUUCUCCAAACCUUAUGGGCUCCCUGUUUCUCAGUCUUCUGAAGAGGACUUAACCCUUCACUACCUAGUCUUUAAAGACUGGUGUAGCGUACUUCUCGGUGGUAAAAUUGUAUUUUUAAAUGGAAUUAUCUUGUGGGUUUUUACUUGUCCACCUUUAUCUGUAAUUAAAAGAAUUUUAGCAAAGCUCCUUGUCAACUGGAAGGGUAUGGCUGACACGUGGAGGAACUGGUUCUGCAGGAUCCAUGACGUCUGGUUUGUUURUUGUUUAGUCAUUCUGAUUCCUGGAAAGGUACAGUGGGACUGGAAAACAAUGUCCCCUUUUAAAAUACAGAUGGAUUAAAUGUAAUACAUCUUAUAGUAAGGUUGUAGCAAAAUGUGACAAGUCAAGGGGUCUGAAUACUUCCUGAAGGUACUGUGCAUAUACACCGUACAGAACACCUGCAUGUAGGUGAAUGUUUAACUUUGUUAUUGAAAGUGCCCUUGAAAUGAAAUAUUGAUUCCUGUGCACC